CGAAAAUUGUUUAUCAUGGAAAUUAGCUAUUGGCAUCUUUUCAUUUUUCUUACAAAGCUUUUGGGAGUGUUAUCUAAUUCAACUGAAAUAAAAAUUACUUCAAGAAAUGUACCUGACGUGGAAUUUACAACCAGGAAAAUUGCUAUAAACAUCAUGAAGCUAAACCCUGAUAUUAAAUUACCAACUAUUAAUACAUCACUAUUAAAAUCACACGACUGUAAUUAUAAAAUUUCAGCUGAGAUAGGUAAUAGCUCAUCAUUACUACAUCAUUGGAGAAAACAUAUACAUCACAGCAAAAGACACCGCAAACCUUUAGAAAAUCUAAGGAAGCAUCAUAUAACUUCAUUAUCAUCUCAAAAAAAUAAUUUAUCGUUUGUGUUACCAAUGAAUUGGAAAAGAAACAGAAGUGUUUCACCACCGUCAAUGAAUGAUCCACAACAAGUCUUUGCUAAUCUUAUUCACCGAAUAAUCAGCAUAAAUGAUAAUCUGAAUUUCUUGUCAACACAUUCACCUCCUGAUAACAUUUCCCAAACAAAUAAUGCUAAAAAUAUAUACUAUGAUGCAAAUAAUACUAUAAUCAAUUUUGUAGCUAAUCAUACGACAAAUAAUUCUGGUCUGAUAACACCGAAAUUCUACAAUGAAAGUCAUACAGGUUGCAAUAUGACUGAAAGUUUGGAUAAUCAAUCAUGCAAUAAAGAUCAUUUGUUAAAUUUUUCAAUUAAUAAAACUUCAGAAUUAUUGAAAGCGAAUUCCACCACUCCAAGUAGUCUUGUAGAUCACCUGAAAAUUUUAACGAAAUCUCCCAAUAAAUCUACAGCUUUUGAAUUUAAUCAACCACUUACAGGCGAUUCUUUCAUGAGAAUCUUUCAGAAAAAACCACUAUUACCGGUAUCAGAAAACAAUUAUGCAACUACUAAAAGUAAUUUUAUCAUUAUCGAUGAUCUUGGGUUUUUUGGAGAUCCUAGUGAUGAAACUCCCAUCAUUAAACCAAGGGAAGUUUUUCAUCCACGACCUUCAUUCAUUGAUUACAUUUUUGGGGAAAAUAUUGAUAACCCAGCACCGAGAAUUGAAAACCGAAUGAAGUAUGUUGAUUUCUGGAACUUAGAAACUGACAAAAAUAAAACAAUUGAUCCUGGAAUGAUUAAAAUUAAAUUUAAACUAAGAUCCGAUGACAUCAAUGAUCAACAUUUGCCACUUUGGAAAUCUGACAACAAUAUAUUCUCGUCCAAAGUUUCAGAACCACAAUAUAAUUCGCGAAUAAAUAACAAAAGGGAGGAAAUAAAAGUCCAGGACCGUUUUAUUCCUUUCCGGAGUAUUAAGCAGCCUAAAUCAAAAGUAUUAAAUGAAUCAGAUUUUCAGUCUGCAUUUUUGUCAACUUUCUACAUUACGAUUGCCAUUUGCGGAAUAUUUUUUGCGAUUGCAGUAUGGUGGAGACGAUUUUCGGUUAUAAAAAAAUCAAAUUUCACAUCAAUAAGUGACGCGAUACAUUUAUCACCAACACCGUCAUCUCCUCUCGCUGCUCGACGACCUAGACACUCAAGAGUAUAA